AUUGGCAGUUGGUGAGACAGUCACUAGUCACUAGUCAGGCUCUCGCUCCCACCGGCCGACCACGUACGUGUCUCUCUCCCGACCCACGGCAUACAACAAACGGAUAACAAUUCUAAUCCGACAAGAAAAACCCGCGGAAAACCAUUACAAGAUCAUUUUUAUGAAUUGUAAUGGUCCUAGGUUUCUCCACUCUUAUACUGAAGAUAUUGUGAACCGAUCAAUUUGCAUUUGUUACAUGAGAGAGGAUUCUUUCGUACCACUUUUACUUUGUGGACGGCCUUUCAAGUUUUUCUCAUUUGGCUAUAGAGAACGUUGAAAUGUACUAAAGAACGCUUUUUUUUAGUUAUAAAUCCUUUUUGUUUUCACCCCUUUAUAUUUCUUUUAAUUUAAAGAAAAGACUUUUUUUAAAGUUUUUAUUUUUCAAUUUUCUCCAAGAGAAAUACGCCUGUGAUCGUUCGUUAUACGGAGAAGUGUGAAGUGUUCAAAUUUUGUGAUUUUUGUUGUGUUCUUUUUGUUUCUUUUAAAUAUUUUAUUUUAAAACACCGUACUAAAACAAAUCUACCAAAGAAAAAUUUCAAUAUUCGACAAUAAAUCGUCUCAAUUAUUUCGAAGAAGCUGUCACAAAUCUCGUUGGAUUCCUUUAUCGUCAACGGUUAAAUAAGCUGGCUCUCGGCAUGGUCUACCUUCCAGGGGAUUGGGGAAUGGGCGAGAUCGAUAAAGGAAAAAGGAUUGGUCAGGAACUCCUUGAUAUAGACCAAGAUGAAGUCGCACUACUUCCUCUCAACAACCAGGUUGGAGGUCAUACUAGGCUUUUGCUCCUCGACGAAGGAACGAUUUGCAAACCGCUCAACAAAAGGGAACUCGAGUUCUACCAGAACAUUCCCGCUGACAUCAAACUCUUCGUCCCGAAAUACAAGGGUGUAAUGCAGGGGACUGGAGAUGUAAAAUUAGAAAAAAGGUACAGUCCUAGUUUUCGGGACGACUCCACUAGACCGACCAAGAGGAAAAGGGACGAUGUCUUGAGGAUGAAAGUCCGCAGGAACAAGAGCGUCAAUGAAGUGAUGAAGAAUGGCACCCAGCACCUGGAAACGUCCAGCAAACAAUAUUUUCUGCUGCUCGAAAACAUCACGAGUAGAUAUUCAAGGCCGUGCAUACUCGACCUCAAGAUGGGCACGAGACAGCACGGGGACGACGCCUCUGCUGAAAAGCGGAGCAAGCAGAUGGCCAAGUGCGCCGCCAGCACAUCCGCAUCCUUGGGUGUCAGACUGUGCGGCAUGCAGGUGUACCAGGCUGACACGGAGAAGUUCGUUAAAAAAGACAAGUACUGGGGCAGGGAGCUGGACGUAGAAGGCUUCAAAGGUGCCCUGUAUAAGUUUUUCCACAACGGUUUUUCCCUCAACCGUCUCGCCAUAAGAAAAGUAAUCACGAGGCUGGAAAAGUUACGACAAGCCAUUGAAAAACAAUCUAGCUACAGGUUUUACUCCUGCUCGUUACUGAUAACGUACGAAGGAAGCGUGGAUGUCGAAAACGAUUCUGGACUAAGCAGCGAGGAUGCUAUGGACAAAGAAACAAACGAAAGCGCCCGCAGCAUGCCCGGUUCAUCACCGAAAGGCUUCGUACCAAUAUCAGAAGAGACAAUGGAUGUGACUUCGCUCUCAGUUUCUUCGAGGAGUUGUUCGCCGAUGUGCGGAGACUGGGAGGACAACUCGUCGAGCGAAAACAGCAGUGCCUCCUCCGGCGGUAUGCACUCGGAAGAAGAGGCCUCAAGCUCGUCCAUGUCCACGUUCGACCUUCUCACCUCGACACCGAUAAAAGAAGAGGUGAAACGCAAGAGGAGGAACUGGAGCCAGGACCCGGAAGUGGACGUACGCAUGAUCGAUUUCGCCCACACGACCUUCUUCUCCUCCAGGAGGAGCUUGUCCAACAACUGCACCAUCCACCAAGGGCCCGACGGCGGCUUCCUCACUGGUCUGGCGUCACUCGACAAACUUCUCAACCAAAUUCUGUCCGAGGACGAUUCCAACAUUCCAUGCGGAAACAAUUUCGACGGACCUUGAAUCUUCCAUUGCGACGUUUUAACGCCUUUUACUUUUUAAAUGCAUUUUAUAUCAUGUAUAUGAUUAUAUAUAUAUUGAUUAUAUAUUGUAAAAAAUCA